AUGGAGGAGUUAGCAAUUGGUUUAGAGGCAGUGCACCUCUCGGUCGAGAAUGAUGAACAGGAGGAGCAGGGGCAGGGUAUGGACAUGAGGCAGGGCAGUCCGAAUGUCGUAGGCGAAUCGGAGGAUGAGGUCCUGAGAGCGGAACGCGAUAAUAGGGUGGUGUAUCAGAGGCGGGAGACAAGAACAAAGAAGAAGUAUGAUCAGGAGCGGGAAGCACGCGAGGAGGAUGAGGCGAAGCGGAGGGUGGAACAGAAGCGUGUGAGGCUCGAGGACCAGGAGCGAGAGGUGAGUGCGAUGGAGGGGGACAGGGAGAGUGAAGAACGCGAACGCAAGAGGGAGGAAGAGCGGAAGAGGGAGGAGGCGAGGAAGGUGUGGCGCGAAAAGGAGGAGAAGCGGCAGAAGGAUGAAGAGCGGAAGAGGGAGGAGGAAAGGCAGGCAGAGCGCGAACAAGAGGAGAAGCGGCAGAGGGAGGAGGAAGAGCGCAAAAAGGAGGAAAGGCAGGCUGAGCGCGAACAGGAGGAGAGGCGGCAGAGGGAGGAGGAAGAGCGGAAGAGGGAGGAGGAGAAAAAGGCUGAGCGCGAAAAGGAGUCGAAGCGGCAGAAGGAUGAGGAGGAGCGGAAGAGGGAGGAGGCGAGGAAGGCGGAACGCGAAAAGGAGGAGAAGCGGCAGAAGGAGGAGGAGGAGGUGAAGAGGGAGGAGGCGCGGAAGGCCGAACGCGAAAAGGAACACAACCGGCAGAAGGAGGAGGAGGAGGAGAGGAAGAGGGAGGAGGCGAGGAAGGCGGAACGCGAAAAGGAGGAGAAGCGGCAGAAGGAGGAGGAGGAGCGGAAGAGGGAGGAGGCUAGGGAGGCGGAACGUGAAAAGGAGCAGAAGCGGCAGGAGGAGGAGGAACAGAAGAGGGAGGAGGCAAGAAAGGCAGACCGCGAAAAGGAAGAUAAGCGGCAGAAGGAGGAGGAGGAGUGGAAGAGGGAGGAGGCGAGACAGGUAGAACGCGAAAAGGAGGAGCAGCGGCAGAAGGAUGAGGAGGAGCGGAAGAGGGAGGAGGCGAGGAAGGCGGAACGCGAAAAGGAGGAGAAGCGGCAGAAGGAGGAGGAGGAGCGGAAGAGGGAGGAGGCGAGGAAGGCGGAACGCGAAAAGGAGCAGAAGAGGCAGGAGGAGGAGGAGGAGCAGAAGAGGGAGGAGGCUAGGAAGGCGGAACGCGAAAAGGAGGAGAAGCGGCAGAAGGAGGAGGAGGAGCGGAAGAGGGAGGAGGCGAGGAAGGCGGAACGCGAAAAGGAGGAGAAGCGGCAGAAGGAGGAGGAGGAGCGGAAGAGGGAGGAGGCGAGGAAGGCAGAACGAGAAAAGGAGCAGAAGAGGCAGGAGGAGGAGGAGCAGAAGAGGGAGGAGGCUAGGAAGGCGGAACGCGAAAAGGGGGAGAAGCGUCAGAAGGAUGAGGAGGAGCGGAAGAGGGAGGAGGCGAGGAAGGCGGAACGCGAAAAGGAGGAGAAGCGGCAGAAGGAGGAGGAGGAGGAGCAGAAGAGGGAGGAGGCUAGGAAGGCGGAACGCGAAAAAAGAGGAGAAGCGGCAGAAGGAUAA